AUCCAGAUCGCUCUAAUUUAUAAUUGCCUGGGUAGCAUCUGCGACCGAUCCCUGUGUGCGGCAUCGCGCUAACGUCUCUUCUCGCGUUACGAAAAUUGUCCAUUCUGGCGGAGCCUACUCGUGAGAUGCUCUUAUCCUGCUCGUCCAUUCUCUAGCAAUGUCCUCUUACAACCGACAAUCGCCUGACGAUGUCGCCGACGGCAUCGCGAGCGACGUCGCAGGGGCCAUUCCCGUCACCAGGCGAUUAUCCGCAGAUCACGGCACUUUCGCCAGCCCCGACGAAAACGGUAUCCCUAAUCGUUCCGCGAAUGCUAGCGCAGGCGGUUCAGCCUAUUCCGCGUCGCAGCACCGGCUAGCGGCUAGCACUCCUGGUGUUGCCGCGGGUGCUUUAGUGAACUUUCCGACAGCAGGAGUCGAACCCGAACCUCGUCGUUCCCCCCCUGAUCGCAUGCUCUCCGGCGCCCGCGGCAGUCCUGUGACAGGGGUGAUUCAGCAGCAGCAGCAGCAGCAGCCGAUGGCACGGCAGCAAAGGCCACAUCAGCAUCGGCGCGCAAUGUCCGUUAGCGCCGUCGGCGCAUGUCAAGGGGGGUCGGAUGGCCCCGGGUGGGAUAUGGGGAUGGAUAUGGGCGGAAACGCUUCCAUGGCGGAGGAAUUUGGGCGGGGAGUUGGCGCGGGUUCCGCCACCGCUGCCGGCACGCCCGCGGGCAGCACCAGACCUGGUCGCGGUAGGGGGGCAGGGGGAAGUCAUAUCGCGGUGUCUCCCCGCGGGGCUCCCCCGUACACGGGAAUGGCGCGCGGAGGGGGAGUUGGGGGGAGGAUGGGGAAGGCACAAUCCAUGGUGGCGGGGAGAGGACCUCAGGCCCGGGCCCAACCUGGAGGUUCGGCAGGAGGGGCUUUAGGCUCAGCAGGAAUGGAUCCAGUGAGGUAUGCCGGAUUGGGCAUCGGCGCCUCUGGUUCGGGGUCCCCGAACCAGAUGCCAGGUGGGGUGCCGAGCCAAACCGGUGCGGGAGCACCAUGGCAGUCGAACCGAAGCAUUUCGUUUGAUGGGCCACGUGGCGACAACCCCAAUAAGCCCACGCCAGGGUCGUUUCCUCGAAGCAACACCACGCCCCUUCCCGGCCAAUUGCCCCCUGGGGGCGGCGCAGGGGGAGGGGGAAGCCCUAGUGGCGGGAUGCGGGGAGGGGGAGGGGGAGGGGCGGGGGUAGGAGGCGGGGGAAUGGGGGCGGGAAUGGGCAUAGAGGAGCAUGAGAUGGAGGGGCUCGAUGUGGAGGGGGAGGUCAUGGUGGGCGGCAUUGGCGCUGCUGUGUCCCCCCAGCAGCAGCUGCAGCAGCAGCAGCACCUGCAGGUUCAACACCUGCAGCAGCAGCAGCAGCUGCAGCAGCAGUCGCCUAGGAGGCCGGUGCACCGCAGAACGGUGUCGACCCCCCCUGAGAACCUGGUGCCUGCUGCUGCUGCGGCCAGGGGUGGCUUUGGCGUUUCUGCUGCUUCCUCUGCUGCUCCGGCUGCUGCUGCUGGGAUGAGAGGGGCUGGCGGGGCUCCCGGUGCUUCUGAGAUGGCACAGAAGCAGCAGCAGCAGCAGCGAAAGGUUCAAAGUCCAUUGCAGGGACAGGUCCGCCGGCCCAAUAGCGCAUUGCCGAUACAGCAGGGUUACCACCAGCACCAGCAGCAUCAUCAGCAAGAGGGCUUCGACCAAUUGCAGUUGGGCCAUGAAAGUAACUUAUCAGACGAUUUCGAUGAUGAGUCUGACGACGAUGAUGAUGACGAUCAUGGGGAUGCGGCCAUCGCCACUCCGCUGCGUGCGGUCCAGCCCAGGUCUCUGUCCGUGGGAGGAAGCACUGGUGACGGGUACGGGCGAGGUGCGGCAAGAGCAGGCGGAAUGGGAGCGGCAGGUGGAGGGGGAAAGGCUGGGGCAGUGGCCGGUAUUGGCUCUGAGUUCGGUGGGUUUCAUGGGAGCGCGGACGCAUCUUCUGCCGGCUUCUCAGGCGCACAUGGCAUGCAAGGGCCGCAUGGGCCGCAUGGAACGCAUGGGACGCAUGGCAUGCAGGGCGUGCAAUCGCCCAGGACGGGUCCCCGCAGCCCUCGUAUGAGUGGCUUCACAGCAGCAGGCAAUGCCAGGCAAGGCUUUCUUGUUCAGCAAGGGGGAGGCGUUCCUCCUGUCAGCCCAAGGCGAGUAGCAAGCGCCGGAACAGGGAGGAUUGGAGGCGUGGGAGCAGCAGCAUCAACAGCAGCAGCAGCAGCAGCAGCAGCAGGAGGAGGGGGAGGAGGAGUAGCAGCAGGAGGCAUGCCACCUCGCAGCCCCCGAGGCGUAGCCUUCCCUCUCUCCGCCUCCACACCCCCUGCCGUCCACCCUUUCUUCUCCAGCCCCACCCGUUCCUUCAACAGCCCCACUCGGUCCCUUGGCAGCCCCUCCCACUCGCCCCUGGGCUACAGCCGCCGCUUUGGCAGCUUUGUGGAGCGCAGCACGAGGAGGCGGACGGAGAAUGAGUGGUUCGACCACAGCGGGCAUGUGCCCUCCUCUGCUGCCUCCCAUGCUGCUGCUGGUCGUGCUGGUGCUUCUUUUGCUGCUGGUGCUGCUGGUGCUGGCGGUGGGGCUGGUGCUGGUGGUUUUGGUGGCUCUUUUGCGGGUGCUGGUGCGGUGCUGGUCACUUCUCUGCUGCUGAGGGGCAUGUGGUCGGGGGGUUCAGGGGCUUGUCGCUGGGCUCUGCUGCUGGGAACGCCCCGGGGCGGCUGAAUCACCCCAUGGGGCAUGGCACCGGCUAUAGCAGCACUGGCAGCGGAAGUGGUGCCAGCAGUGGUGCGAACUCCCCUGCUGCUGCUGCUGCUGCUGCUGGUGGGGUUGGGGUUGGGGGUAGGACACAGUACA